UUGACUUGUGACUUCCUGUUCGGAGAAAAAUGUUACGUGACAAGCAUUGCUGCGUUUGUUCCAUGGGUGCAGUUCUUUCAUUUAUUGUUUUGUGCAGAUUUUCAGAGACAGAAGCACGUAUUCCAUGGAAUAAUGGUGGCACCAAUGUGCACGUUGUUUAUCCAAAGCUUCUUCAAAGCCGCUCGGAAGAAGGGGAGCACGUGAUUAAAGUGAAAGAUGACCUCAUCCUCACUUUGAGCAGGAGUGAAGUUUUCGCGGAAAAUUUUGUCGUUAGAACGUUUUCCCACGGCAUCACGACGGAGCACUAUGUUAACGCGAAAGAAGUCGAAAAAAACUUGUACCACGACGAAGAGAACCUCGCAUCGGUGACGGUGAAAACUGAUGGCGGCUUACGUGUGGAGGGCGUUCUCGGCAUCAAUCGUCGCAUUCGACCUGCUCCCCAUCUCGGACGAUCCGAUGAGAGUCAGGUAGCUCACUUGAUAUACGAAGUCGACGAACGCAUUGGCCAGGAGCGACACGAAGUUGCUCCAGAGUCCAGUAUUGAUGUUGACGAACGUGACAUGUUUCUAUCUGAUACAAAUAACAACCUUCCCGAUGUCAUUUAUCCCGAAAUAUACAUCAUCUGCGAUCACGCGCAUGCUCAGACGUUCAUCAACAGGACGGAUAUGGGGGUGGAAUACAUCGCCACAUUCAUCAAUGCGGUGAACUUGCGGUACCUCAGCCUACGAAACCCUAAAGUACAACUGCGUGUUGUUGGAGCAUCGUUUCACACGUUUAAAGAGGAUUCAUUUCUCAUCUAUCACAACGGACGAGAUGGUGGUCGUUAUAUCGAAGGAAUUGGCACUCUUCGAGAACUGUCGAACUUCAUAAAUGCUAGGUGGGAAUUCAAUGAAGCUGACAUUGUUCAUCAUUUCACUGGCUUCGACAUCGUGGGAUACAACAUGGGAAAGUUUUCGUACGGUGUCCACGGCUACGGCAAUCUUGGAAUGGUAUGCCUUAACUCCAGGACCUCAACGAGCGAAGACGUCGCAGGAACAUACGAAGGCAUCGUAGCGUUUGCACACGAAAUCGGACACGUACUGGGUUGUCCACAUGACGGGGAACAAUACUAUAUCAAGGGUGCCCCCGGAUCCAAACAGUGUCCCUUCGGUGACGGCUACAUUAUGAGCUACAUCAGGAACUCCACGAACCAGUUCAAAUUCAGCGUAUGCUGCAACAUGAUGAUUAGGUACAUAGCAAGGCAAGCUGUCCACAACUGUCUUUUACGAAGAAGCUCCGACAAAACGGGUAUAAGUAGCACAAAACUUCCCCAGAAUGUACCGAUUCGGACGCAGUGCAAGCUGCUCAAGCAACGUCACCAGGUCACCGGGACGCUCAUCAUGUCCCAUGCCCCGACAGAAAACACAAAUUGCACCGUCGACUGCGUGGUUAAAUACAGGUUGAGUAGGACCAGCAAGGUAUUCUACCUUUUCGAUGGAACGCCAUGUAACAGUAACGGGAAGGUUUGCGUCACCGGAAGAUGCAGCGAACCACCAAAUAUAACAAACACAAAAUAAAAUUAGGCCUGCUUGAA